GCCGCGCUGCAGCGCUCGCCCGGUUCCCGCAGGGKUCCCGCAGGGGUCCCUCCGUGCCCCGCGGGCGGCCCCGCCGGCUCGGUCCCUCCGCCCCGGGCACUGACCUGCGCGUCGCCCGCGGCUCCACGGGCGGAGGAGGAGGAGGCGGGGGGACCUCGGGGCAGCGUUCGGCGACCGCUGCCCCGGCGUGACAGGGGCGGCGGCUCGGUGCGUCGGCCCCGGCUGGCCGCGAUCGCGGCGGAGGCGCCGGAGCGGGUCCUGUCACAUGAUGCGGUUCCUGGAAAGUUCCUGGAAAGCAGCCUUUCCUCUGUCCGCCUCAGCACAGUCUCGACGCUUCUCCCCGGCGACGGGUGCUGUGUCCCCCCCGGGCCCCCGACACCGCCGGGAGCCAGAACAACCUGACCGCCCCACCUCCAGGCGGCGGCAGCGGCGGCCCCCUCCCCGUCCCGCCGAGCCCGGGUGAGUCCCCUUGUCAUCGCCCCUCUCCCCCCGAUGCCCUGCCGCUCUUCGAGAGCCUGCAAACCGCGGCCCCGCUCCCACUACGGCGCUGCCGACCUGUGGGAUGCAGGCUCCCCCGCAGCCGGUGGYAGGCUGCUCCGGCGCUCCUCGCCUCGGCCGAGGGACGCCCGCUGCGGCCAGCCGCCACCGCCUCGCAAGCCUUCCGUCCUCACCGAACUCCCGCAGGCGGCGGCGCUUCGCGGCUAGAUGCUCCCGGAGCCUCCCUUUCACAAGGGGUCGCGCCCGGACACCGCUGACAGGGCUGCUCUCACCUGCGCUCGUCGGCCCAGGGCCCGCAGCCUCUCCGGUGACAGGCGCACCUGUGCCCGGUCCCCGAGCCGGCGGCGGGAGCUUCUGCGCGGGGGGAAGGAGGGAAUGGGCUUUGCCGGGGAUGUCCCGCGUGUGCGCCUGCAUAUAUUGGGAUAAAAACCCGUCAGAGCACCCUAUCAGUUGCCACUACAGUUUAAUUUGAAAAAGUUUCUGAGCUGCGCCGCGGAACUUGUUACGGGAGGAACCACCUCAGCAGGACCCCUCACCUGGCGCACACGGAGGCAGAGGGUGCCCGGGUUCGCAAGCACCGGCGGGGGGUCCCUGUCUUCCCUGUGAGCCCCGUCCCUCCGCUCCAGCCAAGCCGGCUAGGCUCCCCCUCGCUAGUACUGUCCGGCUUUAUGUCACUCCUGACUUGACGGUGGCUCCCAGGAGAAAAGAGGCUCUUUUUGGCCCUCCCGUUCGCUUCAGCCAAGAGGAAAGAUUUUUUUUCCCCUAAUACCAGCAUUUAAUGGAGGGGGAAAAGCAUAUUUCCUGCCCCGCGCUAAUUAYAUCGCGUCCUCCACCGCGCUGCUCCUUCCGUUCCCAAGCAGCCGGCGAGCCCCCGGAGCUGGCGCUGCCGGCGCACCCGCACCGCAGCUCCUCGGGUACUCCGCUGCCCGAUAGAAGGUCUCCCACCCCGGGAGUACAGCCCACACCGGGCUUCUGUUCCUAGAGGUACGACUUUGCGGAUGACCUUACUGUGAGGUCUUAUAGAACCAUUCCGACGCACCGCAGAGUGUAACCUGGGCAGCAAGAGGCUGAGACCUCUGCCUCGCUCCGCUGGUUCCCCCUCCUCUCAUACCUUUAUGUUCUAGGCUCUCCCCCGCGACCUCCUCCCUCCCCAAAAGUCCCAGAGCUCCCGGGCGGGUUCGCCUGCCCCAGCCGAGAGAGCGGGGCAUCAGCGGGUCCGCCUUUGCAACAAAGCGAGACCAUCUUCUCCGCCGCCGGUUCCGCCGACUCCGCGGCGGAGAGGAGCCGAGGACAGACUGGGCGACGGGGUGGAGGAUAUAUCCCUCCCCCGCUCCGCCGGGAGGUGAUCUCUCGCCUCGGGUCCCUCCUCUGGAUGCUGGGAAGUUCCGAAGCGGCAUCGCCAGAAACACGCUCUGCGUCGGGAGCGCCUCUCGCGGGGCUCGCCGCUAACCACGCUCUCUCCGCUCGCAGGCGGCGCCCGGGCUGGGGGCCGGGACCAUGCGCCCAGCGCGGCGCUGAACCCCGCGGCGGCGAAGCGCAGCCCUCUCCUGCCGGCAGCCCCCGACCUGCGUGCGAGCGGGGCCGCGCCCGCCGCCGCCGCCGCCGCCGCCCAUGACCCUGCGCUCCGCCGAGUCUCUGGAGAGCGCGGAGAGGUCCGGCGAGCGCUGGGGGCACGACGGGGCGGAGGAGCCCGUUGCCGAGGAGUCCCGUGAGGCGGAGCAGCUGGCCGCGGCUAUGGAGGAGCUGCGGCGGGCAGGAUGGUAUUGGGGCAAUAUGACUGUUGCUGAAGCCAAAGAAAGAUUACAGGAUGCUCCCGAAGGGACCUUUUUGGUUAGGGAUAGUUCGCAUUCAGAGUAUCUACUGACUAUAUCGGUAAAAACAUCGGCGGGACCAACCAAUCUACGUAUAGAGUAUCAAGAUGGCAAGUUUAGACUGGACUCUAUCACCUGUGUCAGAUCUAGACUUAAGCAGUUCAACAGCGUUGUGCAUUUGAUUGAGUACUAUGUUCUUAUGUGCAAGGACAGAACUGAAACACCUUCAAAUGGAACAGUUCAUCUUUACUUGAACAAACCCCUCUAUACGUCUGCUCCAUCUCUGCAACACCGAUGCAGAAUAGCUAUAAACAAGAGCACAAAUCAGAUCUGGGAGCUGCCAUUACCAACAAGACUAAAAGAGUACUUGAAAGAGUAUCAAUACCAGGUAUAAAUAUAUUUUCUAAAUGCCUCUAACACAGAGUAACUUUUGAAUGCAAUUCUUAAAAUCAGCCAAAGAACUGAGUAACCAGUUGUACAACUCAGCAUGGAAUUCACUAUCAAAACAGUGGCAGUUCUGGGGGAAAGGUUUUUAUUUCAGAUGCUAUAAAAGCAGACUUUAUGUAGAAUAAUCCCAGUUUGCAUCCUUGGGGGUUCAACAAGGUGGCAUGCUAUUCUUGCAAGGAGAGAGAAGCCAGGAAUCUGUCCAGAUUGUGUUGCUUUGUCAAUAAAAUGCUGCACUAACUACCAAAUGCUUACUGAAGCAGUGGGACAGGGAGAAACUGCAUAAGUGGUCAGAGACGUAUAAGAGCUCACAAGUAUCUCGGUUGUCUGAUUCCAAGAUUAAUUUGGUGCUGGUAUUCAUAUAAUCCUAAAAGCUUAACUAGAUCACACUGUGAUAAUCUUGCUAAAGUUAUGCAACUAAUCAAAUCUAGUCAGAAAUGUGAUCAUGUAUUCAAUAUUUAUUGAACUAUUCUCCUGCUUUUCUGCAAGCAAAGGAAUACUGUAAGAAAUCAGUUAAAACAUUGUUUUUCAAAGUUCUCUGAAAGCUGACCUUAAGAAGAAAUGACAAAUCUUUCACAGCAACCCAGUAUAUUGCUGAUUAUACCAGAUUGGUAUCCUAGAAUCCUUAAGAUGUUGUUAACAUCUUCAYAGUGGUUAUGUAUCCAUGCUCUUACUAUUAAGCCUCUUUUGGUUGAAGCAUAGAACAAGWAUGCUUCAGACUUGCAGUUCCAAUGUCAAAACAUGGACGUCAGCAGUUACAGCUGUCUUCUACAGUGUAGAAUAUUUUCUUCAGCCUGUUUCCCAAAAUAUGGGGAAAAAUGAACUGGAUUUUUUUUAAGGGAGUUGGUUUUCCCUUUUUUCCUUCCCUUUUUUUUUUUUUUUAAGUUUUCCCUUUUUUUACUUCCUUUUCACCAUUGUAGCUACCAGAUGAUUACUCAAUAAAGUCAAUCAAAUUGCACAACAAUCUUCCAAUCUUUGUAUGUAUGGAUUUGCUAAUAUUCGGGAAACAGUGCUGUUACAUAGGAACUUAUAUAAUUUCCCAGCUAAUACUCAGAUAAACACACAUGUAUCAGUAAGGAUGAAUACCCAUGCUKUGCCUUUGUAGUGCUGCUCAAAGGUGUAGCUGGAUUACAUUCAGAUUAGUGGCUUAGAGGCUGCCUGCUGAAUUCCUGUAGUUAGGUAUUAGCACAGGACAUUGCUUUUUCUGUUACAGUAGUCUUCCAAAUGAAGAGGGGACUAAGACACUCAGUACCCAUUCUUCAAUCUAAAUAUAAAAUAUUUAAUAGAAUAAAUACACAGAAYGAGAAAAAUAGGAAAGCAUAAAGAGAGAAACGAGGUCAUAGACUCAUCCUUAGUCAACAAAUUAAGUUUUAAUUCUUUCCCAAGCUUAUUUGUUAAUUAAAACAAAAACCUGUGCUUGAACAAGGAGGUUUGUCAAGACUUGCUGUAACCCAGCUUUGCCCAGGCUGAAAUAGAAAUAACAUAGAAUAAUCUUGUUUUCCUUGUGACUUAACUGCUCUGUUGCACUGUCAAGAAGUUCUGCCCUUCUUAUAAACCCUGGGGCACUGGCCAUCUUAUUUGUGGCACCUAAAUUCUCAUCAUUACACACUCAGUUUUGUCAGUAACAAGCUGGCAGAAAUGAGUAGCAGAACCUUUAUUGAGAAAAAAAAGGCACCAAGAACCUCAGGCAGAGUGGAUGGUUCUUUGGUAUGACAAAUACUUGAUUUGUUCUUGUUCUUUCUGUGGAAAAGGUGGGCUUCUCCUCCUUCAUGGCUUAAAUAUUGUCUCCCCAUU